CAGUUGGAAGAGUUGCAGGAGUGCCAAAUGGAGGUGUACAGAAAGAAGGACACACUUGUCAUUGUAGGACUUGUGGCUUUGUAGUUCUUUAACUGUUUUAUUUUUAAAGAAAGAGAGGUUAUUCAUCUUCUGAGCAGUGAUAUUUUUGAAUUACAGCAGCUUGUUGGCAUUGGUUUUUGCUGCCACCAUGACUUCUGUGGAAACUACUCCUGGAUUUGACUUAAUUCAGGUCAGGAUUGAGUCUCUAAGCAGCAAAAUGGACACGCUCAUUAGCAUCCAGGAGAAAGUCCUCAGCCGCCUGGACAGCAUGUCUGAGGAACUCGUUGGGAUAGAAAGAGAUAUGGAAACUCUGAAAGUAGACAAGGAGGAGAUGCCUCCAGCAAGCCGCACUAAGGGACCAGCCCGAGGCAUUGGCGGUGAGAUGAAAGAAAUGUGCCAGGAAAUGAACAGCAUCAUGACAGCCGUAAACAAGCGUUCAGAACAGCAGACCCAGAAGCUGGAAGGCAUGGAGAGGCUUGUGAUGAGCAUCCAGCAGGUGGUCAGCUUCAUUGGGGAGACCGUCAAGACUUCUAAAAUCACAGAACUCAUGUUCAAGGGGCCAGCAGCACGCAAGAGCAAAGUGACAUUAGGCUCAGGGUGCAAGAACCAGGAUAGCAAACAUGGUGCUAAGAGACAGGCCUCAGGUGAGCCUGUACCAGGCAAGAAAACUGCCUCUACUAAACCCAAUAAAAGGACAGAAGUAUUAACCGUGGCAUGUGAGCCCAGCAGCCUGGAGCCUACUCAUAAACUAAAGCUUCAUGGACCAAAGCAUUUCCUUUCCUCAAAGAAAUCCUUCAAAUUUCUUCACUCAUCCAUAUCAUUGCCUUCAAAACUGAAGGAACACAAAUUUAAAGAUGGGAAGGAGAAGGGUCGCCUGAGCAUUAAGGGGCUGAAGGCGCAGAAGAAAAAGAAGCCCCCAGACACUACGGACUCUGUCUCCGUGAGGAAGCAGGCCUUGCUGCUGGAGGAAGUUCAGAAGCUUAACAGAGAGAAUGCUGAGCGCUCGAUAUCAUCCACAGCGUCAGAGGCUGAGGAGCCUCCCAGCCAAAACCUUCUGGAUUUCAUCCUGGAUCAAGCCAAAGUUCCUGUGGUCGAACACGAGGAGCUUUUACCAGACAGCCAGGAGAGCAGCACUGAUUUAAAAGAAGAGGAGGAGAAAGCGGAGGAGGAGAAAGCCGAAGCUAUCCAGGAUGAAGUGGAUGAGGCGGUUAACAAAUCCGAAGAGGAGAUCAAAGAGGUGGUUGAGGAAGAGCGCAAAGAGGAAGAUUCUGCCAUGGUCGAUGCUAAGGAGGCUGAGAACGCUGUGACACCACAGAGCUGUGAGCCAGAACCGCUGCACGAAGCCACGACGAGCAGCGAGCAGUGUGUGUCAGAAAAGGACCUUGAACUGCAGGCCUGUGAAAAAACCAGCGAAGAAGCCAAUGAAAACCAAACGCCUGUUCCGGAAGAUCUGUGUGGCGUUUUCAAAGCGGAUGGAGUAGAAAUCUGUUUAGAUUUCAGCAAAAACAAGAAAAAGGAAGAGGAACAAUUUGAUGAUGGAGAGUGCGAGCAGUUCUUCAUCGACUGCACCCCUCCACCCCCAGCUCCCUUCAUCCACCGUGUGGUUUCGGCCAAACCCAACCACAUCAGCAACUUCUACACCAUCAACCACCAGGAGAUCCUCGGAGGAGGCCGUUUUGGUCAGGUGCACAAAUGUAUCGAAAAUUCCUCUGGACUCACUCUAGCAGCCAAGAUCAUUAAAGCACGGAGUCCAAAGGAAAAGGAGGUGGUGAAAAAUGAGAUUCAGGUCAUGAACCAGUUGGACCAUUCCAAUCUGAUCCAGCUCUACGCCGCCUACGAAUCCAGGAACGACAUCAUCCUCGUCCUUGAAUAUGUGGAUGGUGGUGAGCUCUUCGACAGGAUUAUCGAUGAGAACUACACGCUGACUGAGCUGGACACGGUCAUGUUCGUCAGACAGAUCUGUGAGGGUCUGCGCCAUAUGCACAAAAUGUACAUCAUCCAUCUGGACCUGAAGCCUGAGAAUAUCCUGUGUGUUAGCAGACUGACGAACAAAGUCAAGAUCAUCGACUUUGGACUUGCAAGAAAAUAUAAACCCCGGGAGAAGUUACGAGUGAAUUUUGGCACACCAGAGUUUCUUGCCCCGGAGGUGAUCAACUAUGACUUUGUAUCUUUCAACACGGACAUGUGGAGCCUCGGAGUCAUCACCUACAUGCUCCUGAGUGGUUUGUCUCCGUUCCUCGGUGAUGAUGAUAACGAGACACUGAACAACAUCCUGGCCGGCCAGUGGAACUUUGAGGAAAGCGCGUUCUUAGGCAUUUCAGAUGAGGCCAAGGAUUUCAUCUCAAAACUGCUUAUCUACAAUAGAAGUUGGAGAAUGGGUGCAGGUGAAGCUCUGAAGCAUCCUUGGCUUUCAGACCCGUUGCUCCAUCAACACCUGUACAAAAAGAAGAACAUGUGUCAAUCACGUAGAAAUUCAUGCGUUCCUCCCCCCGAGAGCUAAUAUCUGGCUUUGUUUCCACCAGCCGAGGCCAUCUGGACCAAGCCUGCUGUGCUUUUAAUUACUGGAAAUUACUUGUAAAACUACCUACCUUAUGCUGUUUGGGUCAUUUGUUGCAGAAUUUUGUGCCAUUCUGGUGACUGCAGUCACAUAUCAUUAUGGUUAAUAUCAUUAUCCUUUAGUUAAUAAAGUGCAUAGUUAAAUAGGGUAGAGUCUCAUAACCUAGUCUUCCCAAAACGCCAUAAGAGUUUAAAGGGAUUAUUUGGAAUAUUUUAUUAGUUACAGUAAUCAGAGAUAAUAAUCAUAAUUAUUGGGAUUUCUUGGCUUUUUAUGGAUCUUUUUCUCCACUUUCUGAAUAUGUAAAAAGCUUUUAGAGUACCACUGUACAAUGAAGAAGUACAUAAUAAAAGACUUGGAGUGUGCUGUUAUAGGAAAAUAGCCACCGAUUUGGUGGUGUGAUGAAGUGGUGUAAGUGGUAACACCCUGAAGCAAUUUACCAACAACUAUCUGUUAAUUAAUGAAUGACAAAAUGGCACAGCAGUAUUUUUUUAAUCUAUUUAUAGUUACAUUUAACAUUGUGGAAAACCCACAAAACCACUUAACUGCUCCUUCACCAGACAUCAUUCUGUGUGACAUUUCUCUUGAAAGUAAUCAAACAAAACACACAGCUUGUCACGUUCUCAAGAAAAUGAAAGUAUCCUGAAGACUUUCCUGUUUUGGAAAAUGUAAAGUUACAAAGAAACUGUUACAAAGCUCUGACACUGGAGACUCCUUCCAACAGCGUUAAGUAAACGUUUUCUUAAAGAUAACUUAAUCAUCUCAGCGAUUAUAUGUUUUUCUGUUGUUAAGUAACAAGACAUUUUUAAUUUGUUUAUUCUUGUACAAUUCCCAAUGAAUGAAUGAGUUGUUACUAUAGAAACGAUAACUUAUUAGAACGAGCGCAUUAAUAUAAAUCUGUGAUUUGAGAAUUCAGCAUAGCUGUCGUAGAAUAAUGAUAGCUAACAUACUACUAUAAAAAUUAGCAUGUAUAUAGAAAUAAAAGAAUUGUGACUGGAAUUACCAGAGGGCAUUUGAAGUGUUUCAGUGUGUGUUACUGAAUUGCUUAAGCAUGGUGUUGCAAAUUCAGACUUGGAAACAAUAAAAAAAAGCAAAAAUAUUUUUAUAUAGUUUAUGUAUGAUGACGUAUAAUAGAGGUCUCGAUUUAUACCUAAAAUUCAACAUUAGAUAAUAUUAUUUUAGAGAUGCAUGAUCUCUUGCAGUGUUUCUGUACAUAUUUUUUUUUCUGUAAUAGUGCAAUAUGACCCUUUUCUCGGUGUUACAUUGUUUAAAGAAGUAGAUAUUCAAGCUUCUUGACUUACUGUACUGUAACGGCCAAUUUAACCGACGACAUUUCAUUGUAUAAUCUCUUCAACUUUAUAUGACGAUGCAUUAAAUCUGAUGAGGUGUGAUCAUAACAGGAAUAAACUAACAAUCUCUGUUCAUGUUUUUUUUUUUUUUAAAAAAAUGUCCAAACACUAUUUAUAUUGCCUUUCUUUCUUUUUUUGGAUUAUAAUUGACAGUAGUGUUUGCUAAUCUAAAAGAAUUUCUAUUAUUUGUGGGAAGUGAGGAAGUGAGAAAACACCGGCGUUAAUAACGGAGUAAAUUGUCUGUGAGGUUGAAGAUUGAGCUGCACAUCUUCUGUUCAGCUGCAUUCUGUGCACUUUAUGACUUUAUUUAUUUAUUUUUACAACUUUACAAAAUUAACAGCCAAUACAAUUUUACAGGAUUUUUUUUUUUAAAUUUUUUUUUUAAUGCCACAAAUCAUGUAACUUUCCAUAUUGUAUAUGUGUGAAUGGCGAACAGGAAACAUUUUUACAGUUGCAUUAAAGUAAUAAGUCUUA